ACCCAAACCCCACCAUCUGCGUCGCAAAAUCCAUCCAUGGCUUUCCUCGCCGGCCUCGCCGCCCUCCUCGCCGCGCUCCUCGCCGCCGCCUUCCGCCGCAUCCGCCGCCACCCCCACCCCGCGCCCGCCGCGGGGUUCUUCCACCCGUACACCAACGACGGCGGCGGCGGGGAGCGGGUGCUCUGGUGCGCGGUGCGCGCCGCGCAGGAGCUCCGCCCGGGCCUCCCCUGCGCCGUCUUCACCGGCGACGCCGACGCCUCCCCCGACGGCCUCGCCGCCCGCGCGCUCGACCGCUUCGGGGUCCGCCUCCUCCGCCCGCCGCAGGUUGUUCACUUGAAUAGGAGAAAGUGGAUUGAAGCAAGCACGUAUCCCCACUUCACGAUGAUUGGGCAAAGUCUUGGCUCAGUUUAUCUUGCAUGGGAAGCUCUUAACAAAUUCACCCCGCAGUUCUAUUUUGAUACGAGCGGCUAUGCUUUUACAUAUCCACUGGCUCGGCUAUUUGGCUGUAAGGUCAUCUGCUACACUCAUUAUCCGACAAUCAGUUCUGACAUGGUUGAACGUGUUAAGCAACGCAGUUCUAUGUACAAUAACGACUCUCGUAUUGCUGGAAGCAUAUGGUUGUCCCGAUGCAAAAUCCUCUACUAUAGCAUAUUCAGUUGGUUAUAUGGUCUGGUCGGUUCAUGCGCACAUCUUGUGAUGGUAAAUUCAUCGUGGACAAGAUCCCAUAUUGAAAAUAUUUGGAGGAUACCAGAGCGUACUAGGAGGGUAUACCCUCCAUGUGAUACUUCUGCCCUGCAGAUGCUUCCACUGGAAAGAUCAACUACACCUCCUAUUCUUAUAUCAGUUGCACAGUUUCGGCCAGAAAAGGCCCAUGGACUUCAGCUUGAGGCAUUUGCAAUUGCUCUUAAAAAGCUAAGUCCAGAAUUUCCUAAGCCAAAGCUUCAAUUUGUUGGAAGCUGUCGGAAUAAAGAGGAUCUGGAAAGAUUGCAAAAGCUUAAAGACAGAUCCACUGAACUACACAUAGAUGAGCUUGUGGAGUUCCACAAGGAUAUCUCUUACAGGGACUUGGUACAGCUUCUAGGUGGUGCUGUUGCUGGGCUCCAUUCAAUGACAGAUGAGCAUUUUGGGAUAAGUGUUGUUGAAUACAUGGCUGCUGGUGCUAUUCCAAUUGCCCAUAAAUCGGCAGGACCAAUGAUGGACAUUGUGCUAGAUGAGGAUGGCCAACAGACAGGAUUUCUAGCCUCCGAGAAGGAAGAAUAUGCCGAGGCAAUUGUCAAGGUCUUGCGGAUGCCGGAGGCAGAGAGGCAUGAGAUGGCAACAGCAGCACGAAAACGCGCUCAAAGAUUUUCUGAGCAUAGGUUCCAUGAAGAUUUCACCGAUGCAGUUCGCCCAAUUUUGUCAGCAACAUGAGCUUGACAAGCUAAGGAGUCUCCUCUUAACUGUCUGAAACACUAACAAGUUUCACAUGAUAUGGUGACUAUGAAGCUAACUGGCCAAUUACUGGGUCUUGCAUGCGGCAUCCGUUUAAAGUGCGAGUUUUGCUUGAGUUUCCUUUUCUCUGUAUUACUUACAUAGAGGUGCAUCAUGUACAGUACAGACUACAAACCACAAAAAUGAUAGAUUGAUGACUUUGUUUGGCUUUAUCUACCGUUUGGAUUUGCUUAGUUGUCCUGUCAAUGUUUCAGUUUGUUAUGCCUCAUGUUUUUUAUAUGCCUUCUUUUUUUUCUUUUCAAAUGAAGGCCUGUGCUAUACUUGGAAUUUAAACUGAUAAAAAAUAUCAGCAGAUAUUGGUCA